AUGGCCAUGAAAGUUGAGGCUGUUUCCGCAGAAAGCAUCAAGCCUUCCUCUCCAACUCCAUCUCACCACAGGGAGUUCAAGUUCUGCCUCCUUGACCAGCUGGCUCCUCCGUUUUACGUUCCAGCCAUCCUGUUCUACUCAGCUCCCGAUGACAAGGCAGCGCUGGACUCUGCCUCGGUGUCAGGAAACUUGAAAACUUCGCUCUCGCAGGCACUUUCCCUCUUCUACCCUCUAGGUGGAAGGGUGAAAGGCAAUGCUGCCAUCGAUUGCAGCGAUGAUGGCGCGCUUUAUUUGGAGGCGAAAGCUCACUUCGAGUUGUCUGAAGUCCUGUCAAACCCUGACAUCAAUCAGCUCCAGAAAUUCCUUCCAUUCUCUCCAUACAGAGUCAUUCCCAACAUUGAGGAACAAGUCAUUUUAGGGGUCCAAUUUACUUUCUUCAACUGUGGUGGUAUCGCGAUCGGCAUUUGUAUCUCUCACAAGAUUGCCGACGGUGCAUCAGUCUCAGCUUUCCUCGCUGCAUGGUCUGAAAUUGCCGUAAAUGGUGUCGACGGCGAAGCCAACCUCAAGACUCCCUUCUUGAAAGCAUCUGAGAUAUUCCCACCAAAGGACAUAAACUUCCAAAUGCCAUCUGGGGUCAUCAGCAGAGAGAAGCUUUUGACCAAGAUGUUUCGUUUCGAUGGCGAGAGCUUGGGCCGUCUCAGGGCCAGGUUUGGCAGUACUGCCCCUACACGCGUUGAGGCUGUGACUGCCCUCAUUUGGAAAUCUGCCGUGGAGGCUGCGGGGAAGAGGCCAGACUGGACCAAGAAGUAUCCCCCAUCAUCAGCAGUGACACAUGUGGUGAACAUCAGAAGCAGGAUAAGGCCCCAACCAUUGCCUGAGAAUGCCUUGGGCAAUCUGUGGCAGUCUGUUGUGGCACCACUGAUAGACACAAACAAGGGUGUUGAAUUGCAGGACUUUGCAGGCAGUCUCAGGAAAUCAAUAAGGGCAAUUGAUGGCGAGUAUUUGAGCGUGCUUCAAGGCGAGAGGGGAUUAGCCAAGGCCUACGAAAGCCUCACGGCGGCACGGAAGUUGGCGGAGUCGUCUGCGGGAAAGAUGGAGCUCUACGGAUUCAGCAGUUGGGUGAAGUUUCCUUUCUACGAGGUGGAUUUCGGCUUGGGAAGGCCCACUUGGGUGUGCACCACCGGUUUACCGAUAGGAAAUAUGGUGUUUUUAAUGGGAACGAGGUGCGGGGACGGGAUCGAAGCUUGGAUCACAUUGCACGAGAACGACAUGAUCGAGUUCGAGCGCAACGAUGAGUUGCUACAGUUCAUUUCGCUGAGCCUGUGA